CAUGAAACGAAAUCUCUUGGUGGACAGCUAACCUUGGAAGUGCUGCAACAGCCUUCUCUGCCCAGCAUCGCAUCUUGCCAUUUUUCCCAGAAUAUUUGGCAAGAACCAGAUGGCAAAAUGUCUCUCUGCUCUCAUCGUCCCUGAGAAGCAAAAAAGUCCUUCAUCUGAGUCCCAACACAUGAUACAGCUCCAGGAAAAGCAGUCAAAAAUGGGCGAUCCUCAAACGAAGCAGGCCCCCGUCUCCACCUUCCCUAGCUUCUCUAUGCUUAUUUUCCCAUCCUUCCACCGUAUAAUCCCUCAGCUAUUAUUUCUUCCACCCCGUCAGUUCAACCCAAUGCCCCCCGGCCCUCGAUACUCACACCACUGCCCAUCAUCGUCUCUUCAACCACCAUCCUUUUUUCAACCACCAUCCUUUCUUCCACCACCAAUCUACAUCAGCAACCCCAAAAUGACCACUCUCCACAACCACCCCAUCCUUUCCCUCUACCCCCCAAUCGACCCAGUAUGGGGUGACAUAGCCCAACUCAUCAAACCCCCUCCCACCGUCCUUCCAACCCUCUCUUCGACUCCCGAUCUCACACCCUUUAAUUUCCUCAACACCCAACACGACACCACUGCCCUCACCCACGCUCCUUCCUCCGACAACACUCAAAUCGACAAGCAGCUCAAAGAAUCCUGGAACAAAGGCCGCGAGUACGGGCUGCAGGAAGGAGCGUUGAAAGCCGCCAAGAACAAGGCAGCGGUCUUGACAGGGAUGCAACUUUUCUUUGGGGUGGUGGUGGAUAGUGCUCCUGUUGUUGAGGAAGAAGGUGAUAAGGGGGGGGUUGAGACGGAAAGAUCAAGCGGGAUGGAGAUGGUGAUUUGGACGCCCGAUACCAGCAACAAGGACACUGAUGAUGAAGAGGGGACAGAAGAGGGUGAUUUACUUGAUUUUGAGGAGAUGGGCAGUAACAAUGUUGAAGGGGGUCUGGGUAUGGCUGAGACUACCGACAGUCUCAGUGAUGAGCAAGUGCCCGUCACCAUGGAGCAGUCUAACUCUCUCAAUGCUACGACCGCCCCAAUCGACGCCCUCUACGAAUGGUUCGGCAUACCCUCACUGUUCAAUACCCAGCCUGUGGCACCCAACUUCCACAGCACCCGUACCAUCCCACCCUACCCGUUUGAUGGUGAUGCCGAGCAGCCAGACGUCCUCCUCCUCGGCCCUCUCAGCGAGCCUACCUUUGAGGAGUGGAAAGGUGACCACGGCCGCGGCUAUAUAAUGGGCAAGGCCAUGGGAGUCUUCUCUACCACUCUCAUUCACAAGAAUCCUGACGAGACUUACGUCAGAGUCGAGUUUCACUCCCGCCGUACAAGAGAUGAUGCGCUGAGGGUGUUUGGUGGUGUUGUGGAUGAGAAAGAGGGUCCGUUGUUUCAGAAGGGCGGGUAUCCUUGGCGGUGGAACCAUCAUGUUUGCCUGGAAGUGGAGGGGGGUGGAUACAGACUGAACACCUCUCUAUGGAUUCCAUGGCUCGAUGUCGCUCUCCAGAGCUCUCACUGCUUAAACCGUUGGAAGUGGGCUGUAAAAAUAUCUAUCUGAAUAUGUUACCCACAAUGCGGCCAUGAGGUACAUACGGGUAUCUGGUAGCUGGCCUAGCAAGAUUUCAUUUUUCUGCCAUCUGGACUCAAG